AGCCGCCCGGUUCGCGGGGCUCCCCUACCAGCCUCGAGGCCCCGCCCCCCCAGCUGUCAGACGCUCGCGGGCGGGGCCGGGAUUCCUGGUGGGGAGGGAGGGCACCCUGUGUCCUUGGACGGAGAGGGGAGGUGACUCCGGCCGAAGAGGACGCAAAAUGAAGGUCCUGCGGGUAUCCCAGAUGCUGGUUCGUUCCUUCAGCUCCACCGCCCGGAACCGCUUUGAGAACCGAGUGGCCGAGAAGCAGAAAAUCUUCCAGGCCGACAACGACCUCCCGGUGCACUUGAAAGGCGGGGGAACCGACAACAUCCUGUACCGGCUGACUAUGGGGCUGUGUGUGGGGGGCACCAUCUACAGCCUGUACUGCCUUGGCUGGGCCUCCUUCCCCCACAAGAAGUGACAAGAAGCCUGGAGGACCUGGGGAACGUGGGCAUCAAUAAAUGCACCACCUUUUUGGGGAACCUGC